AUGGAACAACAAAAAGCACCACAAGUUACUUACUUAGAAGUCGGAUCAUUAGUUGGUCACAACGGUUUUGUCACCUCUAUUGCCGUUUCACCAGAAAACCCAGAUACCAUCAUUUCAUCAUCACGUGAUAAGACUGUUAUGGUAUGGCAAUUAACCCCAACUGAUGCCACCUCACCAGGUAAAGCCCACAGAUCACUCAAGGGUCACUCACACUUUGUUCAAGAUGUUGUCAUUUCCCACGACGGUCAAUUCGCCUUAUCAGGUUCAUGGGAUAAUACCUUAAGAUUAUGGGAUAUCACCAAAGGUGUUUCAACCCGUCUCUUCAAAGGUCACACUCAAGAUGUUAUGUCUGUUGCCUUCUCAUCAGACAACCGUCAAAUCAUUUCAGGUUCACGUGAUGCCACCAUCAAAGUUUGGAACACCCUCGGUGAAUGUAAAUUCACUUUAGAAGGUCCAGAAGCUCAUCAAGAUUGGGUUUCAUGUAUCAGAUUCUCACCAAACACCCCAACCAUCGUUUCAGGUUCAUGGGAUAACAAAGUUAAGAUCUGGGAUAUCAAGAGCUUCAAAUGCAACCACACCUUAACUGACCAUACCGGUUACGUCAACACUGUCACCAUCUCUCCAGACGGUUCAUUAUGUGCCUCUGGUGGUAAAGAUACCUUUGCUUGUCUCUGGGAAUUAUCAUCUGGUAAACCAUUAUACAAAUUAGAAGCUCGUAACACCAUCAAUGCUCUUGCUUUCUCACCAAACAAAUAUUGGUUAUCUGCUGCCACUGAUGACAAAAUCAUCAUUUGGGAUCUCCUCACCAAACAAGUUCUCGCUGAAAUCGUCCCAGAAGUCAAAGAACAAGCUUUCGACUCAAAGAAAAAGAAAGAAUCAAAACCAAAAGCACCAGCUUGUCUCUCCCUCGCUUGGUCUGCUGAUGGUUCAGUCUUAUAUGCUGGUUACAAUGAUGGUUUAAUCCGUGUUUACAAAUCAUCAUCCCAAUAA